AUGGGAGGUGACCAUGGGCCCAGCAAAACGCCUUUGCCAGACUGGAAGCAGUGGAAGAUAGAGGGAACACCGCUGGAGUUCACACAGAAGAGGCUAGCAGCCAGAGGCCUCAAGGACCCAUGGGCGCGGUCAGUAUUUACACAUACAUUACGAGGGAUGCCAUGGUAUCAAAAAUUUCACAGUAUUGUGGGGAAAAAGUGUCUUGAUACUGUUGUGGACCUGUAGGGGAUUUCAAUUAGAUGUCUUCUAAGUAAAAAGUGUAGCUUUUGCAGCAGAGCAGAGUGGAGGGUAAUAGGAACCACAGAGACCAUCAUCCUUCUUGCCCUGCUCACUGCCUCAGCAAAAAUAGCUGAGACCAGUGUAGGUACCAGAUGUGCUGGCCAAGUUGGCCUACGUCUUUUAGCUGCUUUGACGGUUAUAUCAUUGGCUAUCGGCUUGCGUUAUAGGGUUUCACCGUGUGAUUGGCUGAAUGUUACCUGACUGCAUCUUCAAUGUUCACGUUACUAGCAUGUCAAGGACUUUGAACUAAUCUGACCAUGAAAUUACGCUAAACUACUUGAAAGCAGAGUGCGUUUUAGUCAUGAUGAGUGAGUGAACUUCACCAGAACUGUAUAAAUGUUGAUGUGAUCAUACUGUGAGAUUUCGAUACUUUUUCAUCCCUGUGCAUUACUCAUUGCUAAUAUGUAGCUCUUCCUCUAAAUGACCCUGAUUCAUGUAUUUUCUUCCUGUAGAAACGAGGCAUGGAGGUACAGUGGCAAAUUUGCUCGACCUGUGACUCUGCCUGAUGUGCUCCUUAGAGGAUUCAAGUGGGGCUUCGCUGCCUUUGCUGUUGCUCUGGCUGUAGAGUACGCCCUCUCCCCACCAAAGAAGGAUGGCCACUAA